AUGUCCUACAAUAAUGGCAACACGUAUUCAAAAAGCUAUAGCAGAAAUAAUAAAAGACCCUUGUUUGGAAAGAGAUCGCCACAUCCCCAAUCCCUAGUGAGGCCUCCGCCACCAAAGAGAAUACGGACAGAUAAUAGUUAUCAGUCAAAUAUAGACAAUACAUCGUCUCAUAGGGUGAAUUCAAAUGACCAAUCUGGUCAUACGAAAAGUCGUAGUAACAAUAGUUUAUCUCGCUAUAGCGAUACUACUUUUCCAACAAAUUCUAGAUAUCAGGGUUCAAGAUACAAUAAUAACACAUCCUAUGGUAAUAGAGCUACAGGUAUGAAAAGGGAUGAAGGAAAAGCUGAAUUUUUAUCUCAUUUGCCAAAAGGGCCUAAAUCUGUAGAGACAUCCAGGUAUAAUAAUCCAUCCUUCACUAAUAGUAACGAUUUAAAAAAUGACAAUCACACUUCAAAAUACAAUAACCAUAAGGCUCAGGAAAUACGAUCUAUUGUGCCGAAAAAAGUACCAGUUUCAGUUUUAACACAGCAAAGAAGCACUUCGGUCUACCAAAGGAUAAUGCAAGUGGGCGAGGGAACUUAUGGUAAAGUUUACAAGGCUAAAAACACAAACACAGAGAAUUUAGUAGCGCUGAAAAAAUUGAGAUUGCAGGGGGAGAGAGAAGGUUUCCCUAUAACAUCUAUACGAGAAAUAAAACUGUUACAAAGUUUCAAUCAUCCUAAUGUCUCUACUAUAAAAGAGAUAAUGGUCGAAUCUCAAAAAACGGUAUACAUGAUAUUUGAGUACGCUGACAAUGACCUGAGUGGGUUAUUAUUGAACAAGGAGGUUCAGAUUUCUCAUUCACAAUGCAAGCAUGUCUUCAAGCAAUUGCUUCUAGGAAUGGAAUAUCUGCAUGAUAAUAAAAUUCUACACCGUGAUGUUAAAGGCUCCAAUAUCUUAAUCGAUAACCAGGGAAAUCUAAAAAUAACAGAUUUUGGCCUAGCGAGGAAAAUGAGCCGCAGGGCCGAUUAUACUAAUCGUGUCAUUACAUUGUGGUACAGGCCGCCAGAACUGUUAUUAGGGACUACAAAUUAUGGAACAGAAGUUGACAUGUGGGGUUGUGGUUGCCUUCUAGUGGAAUUAUUUAACAAAACUGCAAUUUUCCAAGGCUCUAAUGAAUUAGAACAAAUAGAGUCGAUUUUCAAAACUAUGGGGACUCCUACCAUAAAUAGCUGGCCAACGCUUUACAACAUGCCGUGGUUUUUCAUGAUCAUGCCACAACAAACUACCAAAUAUACCAAUGCUUUUUCUGAGAAAUUUGGAAGUAUUUUGCCAACCGCAAAAUGUCUUCAAUUGGCAACGAACUUGUUACGUUACGACCAGAAGAAAAGGUUUACUGCAACUGAAGCUUUACAAAGCGAUUAUUUCAAAGAGGAACCUAGACCUGAACCCCUAAUUCUUGAUGAAUUAGCAAGUUGUCACGAAUACGAAGUUAAAUUGGCAAGAAAACAGAAGCGUUCUAACAUCGUAUCUAGCAACGCUAGCAACAAGGCUAACAACGGUAAUAAUAAUCAUCAUAAUAAUAAUCAUAAUAAUAAUAAUAAUAAUAGUAGUAGUAGUAGUAAUAGUAAUAGUAAUAUCACUAUUAAUGAUAAAUAA